CAUCUGUAUGGCAGCGCGGUGGAUGGCGGCCUGAAACCGCAUAGCGAUAUUGAUCUGCUGGUGACCGUGACCGUGCGUCUGGAUGAAACCACCCGUCGUGCGCUGAUUAACGAUCUGCUGGAAACCAGCGCGAGCCCGGGUGAAAGCGAAAUUCUGCGUGCGGUGGAAGUGACCAUCGUGGUGCAUGAUGACAUUAUUCCGUGGCGUUAUCCGGCGAAACGUGAGCUGCAGUUUGGCGAAUGGCAGCGUAACGAUAUUCUGGCCGGCAUUUUUGAACCGGCGACCAUUGAUAUCGAUCUGGCCAUUCUGCUGACCAAAGCGCGUGAACAUAGCGUGGCGCUGGUUGGUCCGGCAGCGGAAGAACUGUUUGAUCCGGUGCCGGAACAGGACCUGUUUGAAGCGCUGAACGAAACCCUGACCCUGUGGAACAGCCCGCCGGAUUGGGCGGGUGAUGAACGCAACGUGGUGCUGACCCUGAGCCGUAUUUGGUAUAGCGCGGUGACCGGCAAAAUUGCGCCGAAAGAUGUGGCGGCGGAUUGGGCCAUGGAACGUCUGCCGGCGCAGUAUCAGCCGGUGAUUCUGGAAGCGCGUCAGGCGUAUCUGGGCCAGGAAGAAGAUCGUCUGGCCAGCCGUGCGGAUCAGCUGGAAGAAUUUGUGCAUUACGUGAAAGGCGAAAUUACCAAAGUGGUGGGUAAAUAA